AUGCCACCGGAAGUUGAAGAACUGGAACGCGCUGUGACGGAGACUAGCGCAACCGGAUCUGAGGGCCCAGUCACUCCGAAACGGGCGUUUUGUUUACUGUUCCAUUGUUAUCAACGUCAAGGCGGAAGUGUGAUUCAGUUUAUUCGUGAUUUGCGCACUAUGAACCGAUCGAGUUCACCCCUCCUCGACCAUGCGGGUUCAACGCUGGAGGCUUUGGUUAAUUCAACUGAUUCUCCAAAGUCCACACAUUUGUCCCCCGGGUUCCACUUUGAUUGCGACUUCAGACCCGACAAAAAUCCUCAGUAUAAACUCUGUCGUGGCUUAUACAAAUCAAGGAGGAGCAAGGUAACUAGUGCGAGUGACUCUUGCCAAAACAGUGAUUUGACACCUAAGAAGACAUUGAUGAACACAGUUGAGGAGCAUGAGUUGUACUCGUCAGGUCACCAGUGGUUAAAUGAGGCUAGACGUCGCCGGACGAGUGCCCCUGUCUCCGGAAUCCACAGUUCAAGUAACUCUCACGAUCUUCGACCCCGCUUCGAACUGGCCACACCACUCAAACGUGCUAGGCAUGAGGAACACAGUCCGACAGAAUCUAGUCUACGCAGUACAAAAAAGGCACGACUAAGUGAACCACAAACGGAACAUGUCCGUAGGUUGCAGUCAUCGACAAGCAUGAAAAAAGGAAAGUUACGAUCGAAAAUCAAACGUGCACGAUGUGUGGACACAGUUCAGUCGGUUAAACAGUCUCUAUUGCCGGAUCUUUGGCAUCCACGUUUGAUUGAUCAAAAACUCAGCCCUUCACUCCUGUUAGCUUCUGUGGAAUCAAAACUAGAGGAAACGAGACGACAAACUUUGGAGUUUCGACGCAAUCUGGAUGAGCUACGAAAAAAGUUGGAUCGAAAUCCGGUAAAAUCAGUAGGAGCAUCAGCAUGUGAUUCGCUCCAAACAGACAAACCCAAUCAGCCGUCAACUUCUGUCACAACCCAGUUUACUUCACAGCACACACCGCUAAGUGACAGAAAGCUGUGGCACCUGACUAGUUUGUUUGAUCAACCAGAAGCACCGACUUGGAAGGCGAUGUUAGCUAUUUGUGGUUUGGAUCGCACCCCUGAUUCCACAUCGAGCAUCCACGACCAGUUGAUGACACAAAUCGAGCAACUGGCGCAUUCAGACUCUCGUGUUUCGAUUUAUUUAAUCCUCUUGUCUUGGUUGGAACACUGUUCUAAUGGGAAGAUAUGCGAAAAGCAACCGACAUGGGAAACUCUGCUUGAUUUAUUCAGAAAGAAUGGAUACAAAAAAUUUGCCAAUCACUGUGCAACACGAGUGGAUAGCAUAAAACCUUGGUAG